AUGACCACCACCGCGGCCACCGGCCACCCCACGCCUCGCCGACGCGCCAAGAAGCUCUGCCUCGUCCCCCUCUUCCUCCUCACCAAGAUGGCAUAUUUCCAACAAGCCUCUGCGGUGACUUCGCUGGAUCACGACCGCGGCGCUCGUCCUCAAGGCCCAGCCGUCCGCCUCGCCAACAACGGACCACCGCUGCUACCCACGCGGCACGCCCCGUCCUACGCGGGCGUGGGGCAGACGAACGCGUUCGUGGCGGGUCGCGACGCACACACCGGGCAGCGCGAGGAGUACACGGUCAAGCCACCGAAGCACGACUUCCCCCACUUCGACGGCGACGCACCCAGCCUCUGGAUCGACCGCUGCAUCACCUACUUCGACCUCUAUCGUGUUCCUCCACACAGCUGGGUGACAACGGCGUCGCUCUACAUCGACUGCCACGACGCGCACUGGUACCAAGCGUACAGACAGACUCAUCGCCCGCCGUCGUGGCAGGAGUUCACUGCGGCAAUCAUCACAGAAUUCGCACCUGACGAAUUCGAGAUGGAGAUGCACAAAUUGCUGCAACUACGCCAAACCGGCACCGUCGCCGAGUACCGCACGGUGUUCGAGACCCACAUGUACCAUUUGCACGCCCUCGACGCGUCGCUCAACACCAAGCUGUUCGUCACCCAAUUCCUGUUGGGCUUGCGCGACGAGUUACGGGCUGCAGUUCGCCUUCAGGAGCCGUCAAGCAUCACGCGUGCGGCGGUGUUGGCUCGAAUCAUCGAAGAAGAAGCUAGCACGCAACGUGCUCGACCGCGGAUCACUCCGGCUGGGCGACCACCUCCUCCACCACCGCCGCCACUACCGCUUCCUCCUCGAACCAUGGGGGCGCCACGGCCAGGCGGCACGGCCGCCCCCAACGACGACCUGGCGCGCGAGCGGCAACUGCGGGAGCACCGCCGCGCCAACGGACUCUGCUUUAAGUGCGGUGAUCGCUACUCCCGUGACCAUCGAUGCAAGCCGGCCAUGCAACUCCUCACGAUUCAGGUUGGCGACUACGGAGAAGUACUGAGCGACGACGCGGUGCACGCCCUGGACCUGCUCGACGCACCGGCUGAUCCGGACCCUGAACCAGAGUGCUGCGUGCUCUCCACUCACGCGGUAGCCGGCACCGAGUCGCCGCGCACCAUUCGUCUGCGCGCACUCGUCGGCAAUCAAGUCAUGCUGCUGCUGGUGGACUCCGGGAGCACGCACAGCUUCAUCUCCCAGGCGUUCGCCGAGCGCGUGCAUGCCCAAUCCGUUUCCGUGCCCGCGGUGGAGGUCCGUGUGGCCAACGGCGAACGCAUGACCUGCAACAGUAUGGUGCAAGGACUGAACUGGUGGAUUCAGGGUCACACCUUCACCACCGAUAUGCGUCAACUGGAGUUGGGCGCCUACGACGGCGUGCUCGGCAUGGAUUGGUUGGAGCAGUUCAGUCCCAUGAGCUGCCACUGGCUUGACAAGACGCUGACAUUCGAGUACCACGGCGGCACGAUCACCCUGCAAGGUGUUCGACAGAAGCAGCUCGAGCAAGUGGAGGAGAUCGAGCCCGAGCAGCUGUGCAAAUGGCACGCCGGCAAUGACAUUUGGUACAUGGCCGUGCUGGAUUUGCCCCGCGCACCCGAGCCACCUGCAACCAAAAUUCCACCAAGUGUUCAGAGUGUUCUGACGGACUUCGCCGACGUGUUCGCUGACGUGUUCGCCGAGCCAAAGGGCCUACCUCCUCACCGCCGUUACGAUCAUGCAAUCACCCUGGUGGACGACGCGCGCCCCGCCAAUUCGCGCCCGUACCGCUACUCGCCCCUCCAGAAAGACGAGAUCGAGCGCCAAGUCCGCGAAAUGCUCGAGUUAGGUGUCAUCGAGCACAGUAUGAGCCCGUUCGCCGCGCCGGUGCUGCUCGUCAAGAAGAAGGACAGCACAUGGCGCUUUUGCAUCGACUACUGCCGGCUCAACGACGCCACGGUCAAGAACAAAUUUCCACCACCCAUCGUCGACGAGUUGCUCGAUGAACUGGCUGGAGCGGCCUUCUUCUCCAAGCUGGACCUCCACGCUGGUUACCACCCGAUACGCAUGCGCGCAGGCGACGAAGAGAAGACGGCGUUCAAGACACACCAUGGCCACUUCCACUUCAAGGUCAUGCCGUUUGGGCUGACGAACGCACCAGCCACGUUCCAAUGCCUCAUGAAUGCAAUCUUCGCCAAGUACGUGCGUAAAUUCGUGAUCAUAUUUUUGGAUGACAUCUUGAUCUUCAGUGAAACCCUGGAGGAGCACCUGGAGCAUCUUCGCCUCGUCCUCGCUUUGCUUCGCGAGCACCAGCUGUACGCCAAGGAGUCCAAGUGCUCGUUUGCUCAAGACAGCAUCUCCUACCUAGGCCACAUCAUCUCCAAGGACGGCGUCGCCACGGACCCGGAGAAGACACAAGCUAUGGUGGCAUGGCCGACCCCUGCAACUGCCACUGAGCUCCGCGGCUUCCUCGGCCUCACCGGCUACUAUCGCAAGUUCAUCGAGCACUACGGCAUCAUUGCCAAGCCGCUCACGAGCUUGCUAACCAAGAAGGGCUUCGAGUGGACCGAGAGGGCGCAAGUGGCAUUUGACCUCCUCAAGCACGCCAUGGUGACCGCGCCGGUGCUCGCGCUCCCAGAUUUCGCACGACCGUUCGUGAUCGAGACGGACGCUUGCGACACUGGCGUGGGCGCGGUGCUGGCACAGGAAGGGCACCCGGUGGCGUUUCUCAGCAAGGCCCUAGGCGUGCGCAACCAGAGGCUGUCGGCGUACGAGAAGGAGUUCAUCGCCUUCCGCUAUCGUCGCGGCAGCGACAACGGCGCUGCGGAUGCUCUCUCUCGCGUGGGUGCAUCUCUGAACCUGGAUGCGCUCUCCAUCUGCCAGCCCGCAUGGGUUCAAGAGGUGGCGAACUCCUACGCCACGGACGCCGAGGCGCAGGAUCGCCUGGCACGGCUCGCGAUCCACAGCCCCGACGACGACGGGUACGAGCUCUACAAGGGACUCAUCCGCAAGCAGGAGCGUUUGUGGAUCGGUAAGAACACGGCCUUGCGCACCAAGAUCAUCAGCGCUCUGCACGACAGCGCGGUCGGAGGCCACUCUGGCGCGAUGGCCACAUACCAGCGCAUCAAGAAGCUUUUUGUGUGGGAUGGCUUGAAGACCAACGUCACCGAUUAUGUGCGAUAG